GCAUAGAAAUAGAAUAUCUCAGUUUAUCCCCUUCUCCAAGCUUUCUAUCUACGGCCCCGAAGCCACCGAAUUACGCUUAUACUAUAUAUACACCCAUGCAUAGAUGCCUGCUCCAAUCACUCCCGCUCUUGCGUCAAAGCUUCACUGCUCCUCUCUCCAUUCAGUUGUUUUCUUCCUCUUGAAACUUCGAUAAUUUUCUGCAGAGUUUGAAAUCAUGGCCAAAGGUCCUGGUCUUUACACCGAAAUCGGCAAGAAGAUCUUCUGGUACAAGGAUUUCCAGAGCGACCACAAGUUCACUAUCUCAACCUGCUCGCCAACUGGAGUUGCUGUCACGUCAUCAGGAACAAAGAAGGGUGAUCUUUUUUGGGCUGAUGUGAACGCUCAGUUGAAGAACAAGAACAUUACCACUGAUUUUAAAGUGGACACAAACUCCAACCUCUUCACGGCUGUUACAAUUGAUGAGCCUGUACCUGGUCUGAAGACAAUCCUUAGCUUCAGAGUUCCUGACCAACGGUCUGGAAAGCUAGAACUUCAAUAUCUGCAUGACUAUGCUGGCAUAAGCACAAGCGUUGGGUUGACAGCGAACCCUAUUAUCAACUUCUCAGGUGUGGUUGGAACCAAUGCGCUUGCACUAGGAACCGAUGUUUCCUUCGACACCAAGACUGGGACCUUAACUAAGUGCAAUGCUGGAUUGAGCUUCACCAAUUCUGACCUUAUUGCUUCAUUGACCUUGAAUGACAAGGGGGAUGCUCUGAGUGCAUCAUACUACCAUACUGUGAGCCCCUUGACUAGUACUGCUGUUGGUGCUGAGGUGACACAUAGUUUCUCCACGAACGAAAAUACCAUCACUCUUGGAACUCAGCAUGCAUUGGAUCCCUUGACCACAUUGAAGGCUCGGGUUAACAAUUAUGGCAAAGCCAGUGCUCUGAUCCAGCAUGAGUGGCGUCCGAAGUCCCUUUUCACAAUUACUGGGGAAGUAGACACCAAGUCUAUUGACCAGAGUGCCAAGUUUGGGCUGGCCCUGGUCCUGAAGCCUUAAAUGAGCAGUGAGCUUAUUCUGGUUUAGGAGCAAUAAGUUAGAUUGAGGAGAGCAUGGUCACGACUUAUUCUUUUGGCGGUUUAUUUUGGUGGAAUUUAAAGUAUAGAAAUAGAGUAUGUUUAGAUGGUUGCUUGAACCCGUACACAAAGUCAAAUUUUCUUUUGUUUCGUGUCUAAGUGAUUGUGCUUUGCCUGUUUCUUUGAAGAAGUUUUGACUUUAGGUUCUGGUUAAUCUUGAUAGCAUAUUUUGAGACUGAGCUGGGUUGAACUGACUAAACAGCGUUGUUCUCGAUAUUUUUGCAAAUGUUCAGGAACAAACUUCAAUUAAUUUAAAGUUUGAUUGUA